UCGCUGGUUCCUGCGCGCUUUGAGACUCGUACGGUGACGGGACUCGUGAAGGGCCACGCCUACUCUGUGACCGCCGUGGAGGAGUGCAAGCCGUCUCAGCUAAAAGAGUCUAAGGUGCGUCUGGUGCGUCUCAGGAACCCCUGGGGACAGGUGGAGUGGAACGGACCCUGGAGCGACAACUCUAAGGACUGGACGACGCUCUCUAAGACGGAGAAAGAGAAGCUGCAGCAUCAGAGCGCAGAGGACGGAGAGUUCUGGAUGUCUUUCGAGGACUUCAAGAAGAACUACACUAAGAUCGAGAUCUGUAACCUGACCCCGGACGCUCUGGAGGACGAUAAGAUCCACAAGUGGACGGUGUCGGUGAACGAGGGCCGCUGGGUGAGGGGCUGCUCGGCCGGGGGCUGCAGGAACUACCCAG